GGGAGCAAGAUGCCGCCGCUGCUCCAUCCCGUUCACCUCCUCCUCCUGGCCCUGCUGCUGCCCGCGCCCGCCCCGGCCCGCGCCCCGGCGUCCCCGGACCCUGCCGCCGCCCUCCUCCGGGCCCUCGGGCUGCGCCAUGCGCCCCGCGGCGCCCCCAGGCUCCGGCCUGUCCCUCCGCUCAUGUGGCGGCUGUUCCGCCGCCGUGACCCCCGGGAAGCCCGGGCGGGGUGGCGGGGGUCCCCCGCGGCCCCGCCGCGACCGUGCCACGUGGAGGAGCUGGGGGUCGCCGGGAACAUCGUGCGCCACGUUCCGGGCCGUGGUGCGGCGGACAUGCGCCCGGAGCCCGGCGCGGCACAGGCCGGGCCGUGCCCCGCCUGGACCGUGGCCUUCGACCUGUCGGCGGUGGAGCCGGCCGAGCGCCCGAGCAGCGCGCGGCUGGAGCUGCGCUUCGCGGCGGGGAGCGCGGCCGCGGCGGGCCCCGCGGACGGCUGGGAGCUGAGCGUGGCGCUGGCGGGCGAGGCGGGCCCGGGCCCCGAGCUGCUGCGCCGGGCCGUGCGCGCGCCCGAGCGGCCGGUGCGCGCCGAGCUGCUGGGCGCCGCCUGGGCCGCCAACGCCUCGGCGCCCCGCAGCCUCCGCCUGGCGCUGGCGCUGCGGCCCCGCGCGCCCGCCGCCUGCGCGCCCCUGGCCGAGGCCUCGCUGCUGCUCGUGAGCCUGGACCCGCGCCGGUGCCCACGCCCCCCGGCCCGGCCGCGGCGCCAGGCCGCGCCGCCCCCCGCCGGCGCCUGCCGCGCGCGCCGGCUCUACGUGAGCUUCCGCGAGGUGGGCUGGCACCGCUGGGUCAUCGCGCCGCGCGGCUUCCAGGCCAACUUCUGCCAGGGCCACUGCGCGCUGCCCGCCGCGCUGCCCGCACCCGGGGCGCCGCCCGCGCUCAACCACGCGGUGCUGCGCGCGCUGGUGCACGCGGCUGCGCCGGGCGCCACCGGCCCGCCCUGCUGCGUUCCCGCGCGCCUGUCACCCAUCUCCGUGCUCUUCUUCGACAACAGCGACAACGUGGUGCUGCGCCACUACGAGGACAUGGUGGCCGACGAGUGCGGCUGCCGCUGA